AAUAUUUAUGAGUCUCCGCUUUCCAUUAGACACAACCACACAUACGCAUUUCUCUCUCUCUCUCUCUCUCUCUUACAGAACUCACUACCUUAGCUUCACUUGCAAACCCAGCAACUCCACAAUUCUUGGAGACAAAAAUGGCACGCGAAACAGCAAAGGAAGCAAAGCACCCAAAACAGGCAUUUGGAUGGGCUGCCAGAGACUCAUCUGGUGUCCUUUCUCCUUUCAAUUUCUCCAGGAGAGCAACAGGAGAGAAAGACGUGACGUUCAAAGUCUUGUACUGUGGGGUAUGCCAUACUGACAUUCACAUGAUAAAAAAUGAAUGGGGCUUUUCUUCCUACCCUAUGGUCCCCGGGCAUGAGGUUGUGGGAGAGGUGACAGAGGUGGGAAGCAAAGUAGAAAAAUUCAAGGUUGGAGACAAAGUAGGUGUGGGUUACAUUGUUGGAUCUUGCCGGUCUUGCGAUAAUUGCACUAACGAUCUUGAGAAUUACUGUCCAAAAAUUAUGCUCACCUCCGGUGCCUUUGUCGGGGAUGGAACCACCACCUAUGGUGGCUACUCUGAUCUUAUGGUUGCUGAUGAGCACUUCAUUGUUCGUAUUCCAGAUACGCUUUCUCUUGAUGCUACUGCUCCUCUUUUAUGUGCUGGGAUAACAGUGUAUAGCCCCUUGAGAUACUAUGGACUAGACAAACCUGGUUUGCAUGUGGGCGUGGUUGGCCUUGGUGGGUUAGGCCAUGUAGCCAUCAAAUUUGCUAAGGCUAUGGGGUUGAAGGUGACAGUGAUCAGUACCUCUUCUAACAAGAAGCAGGAGGCUAUGGAGCAUCUUGGUGCCGACUCAUUUUUGGUUAGCCGUGAUCACGAUCAGAUUAAGGCUGCAAUAGGAACAAUGGAUGGUAUAAUUGAUACAGUGUCUGCAACUCAUCCGCUCUUGCCUUUGAUUGAUCUAUUGAAGUCUAAUGGAAAAUUGGUUUUGGUUGGUGCCCCAGAGAAGCCCUUUGAGCUACCAGCUUUUCCUUUGAUCAUGGGAAGGAAGAUGGUAGGUGGUAGCUGCACAGGAUCAAUGAAGGAGAUGCAAGAAAUGAUUGAUUUUGCAGCGGAACACAACAUAAAAGCAGAGGUAGAAGUCAUCCCAAUUGACUAUGUGAAUACUGCAAUGGAACGUUUGCAUAAAGGAGAUGUUAGAUAUCGAUUCGUGAUUGAUAUUGGAAACACUCUCAAUUCUGGCCUUUGAAUUAUUUAUAUAUUACCUUUUUUUAUAUAUAUUGAUGGACUGAGCAUGUGGUCCUCAUGCAAGUAAUUGUCUUCAAAUAAUAGUGUCUGGGACUUUGAAGCUAUAUUAUUCUGAGUAUGAUUUUAUC